UGUUAGUUGGGUCAGCUGGACAUCCUGAUGUUGACUCAAGUCCACAUGGGAAGGGAAGUCCCCAUGCAGGGCAUCAUAUAAAGGAGGUAGGGUGAAGUGGCCAUGGCAGAUCCAUAGCUAGAAACAAGGUGGUAGGUGAAGUCUGUAGCUCUGUUUGGGAUACUUCACUGAUGUUACUCAUUUAAUUCAUGCAUUCUCUUUGAUUUAUUUGGAACUAUCCCAACUAAGAACCUCAACCUUUGGAAAUUGAGGUCUUUUCUAGAUUUUUUUUCUAAAGAAAAUGAACGCUUGUGGCCUUUUCCAGGCUGCAGUUUGCCUUGUCUUACUUUUACUUAAUUUUUCCGCCGCUACCCAUUUCCAAACUCAACCCUCAAACAACAGCAGCACUUUCUGCUUCUGGACUAAAUCCAUCUCCAAUGGACGCACAAGUUACAUGUUCCUGCACCGAACCCCCAGCAGGUCCGGCGAGACAUCUCUAGUCCUAUUUGACAGCAUCUGGACCAAGGACAACACCCUGGUGGACUGUGUUACAAGCUCCAACCAAGUUGUUACCAAAAGCUACGUGUCACAGUGCUGGGAGCCUGGAGCCACAAUUUUUUCUCGAAUUCCAGACGAACGCUUCAACGUCAGCAAGCUGGUUGACCCCGCUGGCCCCUGCGAGGGCACCGUGGGUCGCUUGGCACAUCCUAGGCAGUCGGUUCGCCGCAGGAGCAGAGACCUGGAGAGCGUUGACCGGCAGGAUGGGGAGACGCUGAGUGGAGAAAGUUCUGGACAGAAGUCGAGGCGCUCGAAGAGAGCGUGGAUCGUCCCAGGAACUCUGUGGUGCGGCGCCGGACACUCGGCCCUCGACUUUACCGAAUUAGGACUGUAUGUGAACACUGAUAUGUGUUGUCGGGAGCACGACCACUGUAAAGACUCCAUCACUUCCUUCGGGUUCAACUAUGGAGUCCUCAACACCAACAUCUUCACCCUUUCACACUGCGACUGUGAUAAGAAGUUCCAGCAGUGUCUUCAUAAAGCCAACGACAGCAUGGCCAACGUGGUGGGAUACGGAUACUUCAACGUCCUCAAGAUGCGCUGCUUCGAAUUCGCAGAGAGGAUGGAGUGUGCUGAGAGGACCUGGUGGGGCAUGUGUAAAUUCCACCAGAUGGCUAAAUACGCUUUGGUAAGGGAUGCUACAUAUUACAAUUCCACAUCCCCUGAGUUAGAGGAGGAAACGAGCGCUGUUUACACAACGUCUGCUGGACAACCGACAGCCACUCCUGGUUCAACUGUGCCAUCUACUCUACCCACUGAAGAUCCCCGGGCAGACCGAGAGCAUCCUGAAACAACUGACUCGCAACAGACAAAACCAACAGACACAACACCAACAAAACCAACAGACACUAAAGACACAAAACCAACACCAACAAAACCAACAGAACCAACACCAACAAAACCAACAGACUUAAAACCAACAGAAUUAACACCAACAAAACCAACAAAAUCAACAUCAACAGACACAAAACCAACAGACACAAAUUCAACAGAAUCAACACCAACAAAACCAACAGACACAAAACCAACAAAAUCAACACCAACAGACUCAAAACCAACAGACACAACAGACACAAAUCCAACAGAAUCAACACCAACAAAAUCAACACAAACAAAAACAACAGACUCAAAACCAACAGAAUCAACACCAACAAAACCAACAGAUUCAAAACCAACAGACUCAAAACCAACAGACUCAACACCAAUAAAACCAACAUGCUCAAAACCAACAGACUCAAAACCAACAGAAUCAACACCAACAAAACCAACAGACUCAAAACCAACAGACACAAAACCAACAGACUCAAAACCAACAGACUCAAAACCAACAGAAUUAACACCAACAAAACCAACAGACACAAAACCAACAGAAUCAACACCAACAAAACCAACAGACACAAAACCAACAGAAUCAACACCAACAAAAUCAACAGACUUAAAACCAACAGACUCAAAUCCAACAGAAUCAACACAGGCAAAACCAACACAGACCUCAAGUUUGCCGAAGACGCAGCCUGAUCUACAGAGCAGAGAUAAAGGUAAAGUUUCCACAUGUGAGAGUUAUAAGGACCUGGACUCCUGCCGCCUUCAGAUCCCUGGAAAGCAGGAGAAGUUCGGUCUGAGGAACGCUGAAUUCGCCACCCUGUACCACUGCAACUGUACCGCCAGACUCUCCAACCAAUUCUCUGGACUGGACCGGGUCGAUGAUGUUCAUUUCUUCCUGCUGGACUUCGUGUCCCAGUUCUGUUUCAUCCUGCCCCCGAACUGCACCGACAGUGACAGCUGCUCUUCUAAAGAUCCUCCUGUGAUCAGACGCUGGACCAAAGACGUGGCCGGAGGGCGCCCUCUUGUGGCCUCGAAACGUAAAGCCAAGCGCCUCAACUCCAAAAGAUCCAAGAGGAAGGACUCCUUCAGACUGUAUAAGAAGUGCCUCAGGAUGCACUCCAAACUGCAGAGACCCAAAGAACCAACUGAUCACAAACUCCAGAACCCUUCAGGACAUGCAGAACCAAUAAAACAAUAAACAUACCUGUCCUGAAAAACUUCCACCAUGCUCAGACUGUCCUGAACACCUUCCACCAUGCUCAGACUGUCCUGAACACCUUUCACCAUGCUCAGACUGUCCUGAACACCUUUCACCAUGCUCAGACUGUCCUGAACACCUUCCACCAUGCUCAGACUGUCCUGAACACCUUCCACCAUGCUCAGACUGUCCUGAACACCUUUCACCAUGCUCAGACUGUCCUGAACACCUUCCACCAUGCUCAGACUGUCCUGAACACCUUUCACCAUGCUCAGACUGUCCUGAACACCUUCCACCAUGCUCAGACUGUCCUGAACGUCUUCCACCAUGCUCAGACUGUCCUGAACACCUUUCACCAUGCUCAGACUGUCCUGAACGUCUUCCACCAUGCUCAGACUGUCCUGAACACCUUCCACCAUGCUCAGACUGUCCUGAACACCUUCCACCAUGCUCAGACUGUCCUGAACACCUUUCACCAUGCUCAGACUGUCCUGAACACCUUCCACCAUGCUCAGACUGUCCUGAACGUCUUCCACCAUGAUCAGACUGUCCUGAACGUCUUCCACCAUGCUCAGACUGUCCUGAACGUCUUCCACCAUGCUCAGACUGGCCUGAGAACUGCUCAUUUUUCAUUAUUUGGAAGCAGAAAGCACUGUAAACUGAACUCUAUGCAAAAGUGCACUACUAUUUUUUUUGUGAAUAUAAAUGUAUGAUAUCU